AAAAAGAAAAGCCAAAAAAGGCAAAAUCAGAAGAAAAAGUAGCUUAAGCUUAGAGUAGAAAACUUGACACCAGCAUCAUCUUAUUAAACAUCUCUCUGAGCUCCUCACACAUGGCUGCAGCAGUUGCUACACUUACACCACCCUAAAACCCUAACCAAAAAUGGGAAACACUCUGCAAAAGCUCCCCCAAUCCUCGCAGCAGCAGGAAUUACAGCUCCACAAUCAAAAUGCUCAUGCAAAGCCGCCUCAAUUGGAAUCGGAGGAAGGCGAAUUCACCUGCGAAAUCUGCAUCGAGCCGGCGUCGGAGAGGCUCCGCAACGCCGGGAGGUGCUCGCACCCCUUCUGCACCGACUGCGCGGCCAGGUACGUCCGCGCGAAGCUCGACGACGGCGGCGCGGUGGGGGAGAUCGCCUGCCCCGCGAUCGGCUGCGGCGAGGCGCUGGAGCCGGCGGCGUGGGUGGGGAAGGAGCUGUUCGUGCGGUGGUGCGACGCGCUGUGCGAGGCGGCGAUUAUGGGGGAGGAGAGGUGCUACUGCCCGUACCGGAGCUGCAACGUGCUGAUCGUGAACGAGUGCGGCGGAAUUGUGCGGAAAUCGCGGUGCCCUAACUGCAGGAGGACCUUCUGCUUCGAGUGCAAGCGAGUUUGGCACGCAGGGUUUGGGUGCGAGGAGAGCGCCGAGGCUAGGGAUCGGAAUGAUUUGGCGUUUGGGAGGCUGGUGGAGCAGAACAAGUGGAGGAGGUGCCCUCGCUGUAGGCAUUUCGUCGAAUUGGCGGAAGGUUGCAGGAUCGUCAAAUGCAGAUGUGGGAUUAGCUUCUGCUACAAGUGUGGGAAGCAGGUUCACCAGCACUGGUGUCACUGCGACCGGACCUCGCUGUGCUGCGAAUGGUGCUUCAGAGUUUCCAUACUCGUCAUUUUCAUCAUCUUCGCCUUCUUCCUCUUGUCGUGGGAGACCCGAACCCGCAAGUUAACUCCUACCACAUGAUAUACUUCCUACCAAGGUGAUAUUUUGUACAGGUUUAUUCCAUGAAUGUGGAUAUAAUAUGGUGAAAUUAACCAAAACCCAUGAGAGUUACAUUGGAUGUUAUCAGUUUUAUCACUAUAUAAACAUGAAUAUAUAUAUUUCUUGACUCGAA